UUCGACACAUCAACGACUAGAAGAGGCGUGAUCAGACAUAGAGAUAAAGACGAAAAUUCAGUGUGCAAAUAGACCCGCCUUCAUUUGAAAAUAACUGCGGCGAGCUGAAACAGGAACUCUUGCAGCUCACCGAUGCAUCAUUUGACACUUCCCCAAAUCCACAUAAGCGCCGCACGACCUCAGCCGCGUCCCCAUCGCUUCGCCUGAACUCGGAGGAGUCGUGAGGGGAAAAAUUAGACAGAUGACCUCUUUUUACGACGAGAAAGAUUUGGAGGAAGAGCUCAGUCGAGUCAAUUGUCCUGAUGAGGAUUUGGAGUUUGAAUACUUGUUUGAAUAUGAACCACCUUGCAGCGACUUUGCUGGAGGAGAUCAAGAUGACCCCAACCUUGCAUCUCACAAAGUCCUCAGCCCUGAGUCUGACCAGGCUUUCCCUCUGGAGCAGGUCUCCCCUUACGGCAUCAAGUCGUGCAGUCCCUCCUACAGUGAACACAACACUGAGGUUCUCUCAGGAUAUGAGAACCAGGAGGCCAGAAACUACCUGGACGGUACACGACCUGCAGGUGUGGCCCUUAGCCCGCGGAUUGAAAUCACCCCCUCCCGUGAGCACUACAACCACACUCGGGACUCCCUACAGAACCAUCACCUAAACAUUAGUCCCAGACCCACCCUCACUGUGCCUGGCCAUGAAAACCUUGCUUACCGUGAACCCCAGUGCCUGAGUCCCGCCAGCAGCAACUCCUCCACCAGCUGGCACUCGGAAAAUUACUCCCCCUGGGCGUCUCCUUGUGUGUCCCCCAGUAGCGGCCAGAAUCCCGGAGACCUCUGCCCCAGAUUACAGAACAUCCACACUGGCUCACCGCGCACCUCCCCGGGCACCUCUCCUCGCACCAGCCUAGCUGAGGAAGGCUGCCUGGGACCACGCUCGCCUUCACCCAGGCCUGGCUCCCGCUCCACCUCCCCACAGGGCAAACGCACCUACGACAUGUACAGGAAUCCAGGCUUGGUCCCUGGGCACCGCUCCCGCAGUCCCUCCCCUCUCAGCGGCCAUGAAGAUCAUAACAUAGGUGCCCACUAUACACACAGCAGCCUUGCUGAUGCCAUGAAUGGUUUUGGCACUGGUCAGCCAGGCCUGGUACCUACUAAAAUAGUCAAGACAUCAAACCAGAUUUACACUCUGUACCCAGAGGACCAUGUAGAGGGAAACUACUUGGUGUCCUGUGACCAGGACAUAAAAACCAAACCUGCUGCAGAGCCUUUCUUUGUUAUCCCCCAAAUCUGGCCCAAGCCACUUGUUUCCAGCAUCUGCAGCAUCCCUGUGGCUUCUCUCCCGCCGUUGGAGUGGCCGAUCCCCCGUCGCACAGACCAGUACGAACUCCACAUUGAGGUGCAGCCCAAGCCGCACCACAGAGCUCACUAUGAGACAGAGGGAAGCAGGGGUGCAGUCAAAGCCACCACAGGAGGACAUCCUGUCGUGCAGUUACAUGGCUACAGAGGCAAGGAGCCACUUGGCCUGCAGAUCUUCAUUGGUACAGCCGAUGAGCGCAUCCUUAAGCCCCACGCCUUUUAUCAAGUCCACCGCAUCACUGGCAAGACAGUUACGACCACCAGCUUUGAGAAGAUCAUCCAUGGCACCAAAGUCCUUGAGAUCCCCCUAGAGCCAAAGAACAACAUGAAAGCAAUAAUCGACUGUGCUGGGAUCCUGAAGCUAAGGAACGCCGACAUCGAGCUGAGAAAGGGCGAGACAGAUGUCGGCCGAAAAAACACCCGUGUCCGUCUUGUGUUUCGCGUGCACAUACCUCAGCCUGGAGGACAGCACGUCUCUCUCCAAGUGGCCUCGCAUCCUAUCGAAUGCUCCCAGCGUUCAGCACAUGAGCUUCCCAUGGUGGAGAAGCAGGACAUGGACAGCUGCUCUGUUCUGGGAGGUCAGCAGAUGAUCCUGACUGGGCAGAACUUCAGUUCCGAUUCCAAGGUCAUUUUUAUGGAGAAAACCCAGGAUGGGCAGCAAAUCUGGGAAAUGGAAGCAACAGUGGACAAAGAUAAGAGCCAGCCUAGCAUGCUGUUUGUGGAGGUGCCAUCCUACCGAGACACAUCUGUCUGCCAUUCGGUCAAAGUGAACUUCUACGUCAUUAAUGGCAAGAGGAAGCGGAGCCAGCCUCAACAUUUCACCUACACACCAAUGGCAUGUAAGAAUGCUGCUCAGCCUCUUUGUGCUCCAUCCAUCAAGACAGAACCUAUAGAUGAGUACGAAGCAGACCACAUGGGGUUUUCCAUGCCUCAGAUCUUGGGCUUAUCUCCUCAUUCCUAUUACCACAACCCACGCAGCAUCCUCCAUCAAGACAACGGCCUGGUCUCUAGCAUGGCCUCCUGCCAGCGUCUCAGCUCCAGCCUUCCAAGUCAAGACGCCCGUUACCAGCAGCAGAGUCCGGCUAUCGUCUACUCCCGUGGUGGCAAGAGUCUGAGCGGCAGCCCUGGCCUUUAUCAGCAGGCUGGAGGGAUGAUGCCUGACCCACACAGGUCAGUCCUGGUUCACACAGGCUCCUCGGGUCAGUCUGUAGGUCCCAUCGCUGCAGGCCAGCACUCUUCGAUCAUCCAGUUCUCCCCCACCAACCACCUGCUUCGGGCAGAAGACCCUCAAGCUCUCACUGCUCCGCAGCCUGACAACCAGCAGAUCAUCUACUGCGAUGGCUACUCCCCACAGGCCGCCGCCCACUCACCCACACCCCCCCAGGCUCAGGCAGCAGUCUCCCACUCACAGCACUAUCCCACUGUGAUCCAGCAGCAGCCCUAUGCCCAGAAGGGGCAGCAGAAAGGCCGGGCUCCACCUGGCACGGGGCAGAUGGAGGCUCCAGGAGACGGACAGAGGAGGGUGACGGUCAAGGAGGAGAACUUGGACCAGGCCUACCUAGAUGAUGGUGAGUUGAAUGAGAUAAUAAGAAAGGAUCUGACGGGUGUCCAGGCCAGAGGGCAGACAUAGACGAAGGAACCUGAGCAGGAAAUGACAACAUAUCCCCCCCAACACACACACAGACAGACAGACACGCACACAGUGAGGUGACGCCAGUCUGCCAACAAUCAGACCUUCUCUUCCUCAUUUUCUUUAUCCAUAGAGAAAUAUCAGCUACCGGCUGCUGUGUUUGCUUUGGAUGCUUUCCUGCAAUAAACAGUUUCAUCUGGCAAACGAAGAAUGAAUUUGACGCAUAACGUCAACACUAGCACCCAGCAACAAACCGAUAAGAAAGAAGAGGAAUGUGCCUUAUUUUUUCCUGGUUGAAGUUUUGAUACAGUUUGUUUUACAAAGGAAUAAAGACAUACAAUUGGAGAAAUGUGUCCGCAGAAUAGCCUUAGCCAUACUAUCCAGGCAUUAAACUCUCACCUGUUUGCCUCCCACAUGUUUGCCUCAGAGUGGUGAAUGAUUGAUUAUGUAGCAGUUUCAAAUUUGUGAAAUUUCUUAUUGAAGAACAUUGGUUGGUCAACAGCUUAAUGUCAUACCAAAUACUCAUCCCAAAUACAAGAUAUAUAAAUAAAUAAACUUUAUAUAUAUAAUCAAAUAAUUCUUGUGGCUAAAGCUAGUCAUAUUUUUGUUUAAUUCUUCUUGCACAGUGUGUAUUUUGUCUGUGUGUGAAGCUACGUAUUUAAAGAUGCUUCUAAGCUUACAUGCUGAUCAUCUCAUUUUAAGUGCAGUUUUCUAAUUGAAGUGAAGCGCACACUGCCUUAACCAUAUACAAAUGAACUAUUGUGACGCCUCCUCAUAUGCACUGUUUUCAAUAACAGGGGGUCAUUGUUAUUACUUUUUUAAUAUAAUAUUUGAGUCAUGUGAAUAAUGUACCAUUUUAUAUUCAUUAAAUAUAUUGCUUUAUAUUCAGGUGAAAAUGCCAAAUGUGGCUUCACAGGGGCCUUUGAUACUACAGUAAUAGCAUACAUUUAAAAUAUAUAAAUAUAUAUUUUUCACUUGCAUUGUAUUUAAGAUGCAUUUGAGGUCUGGCUCUUGCAAGCUGAAGUAAGGUAUUUUGUACACUUAAAUUUAAAGGCAGUCUUGCUUAUCCAAUUGUUUGAUCUAUUUUAUUUGUAUUGCUCUUAAGGUUGAUUGUAAUAACAUUUGUGUCUGGCUGCUUCACAGUCUACAACAAAAUAUUCCAAAGCUUAUACUGUGUUUAUUGUUGUGUAUAGUUGAAUUCUGACUCUAUCCAUGAUGACAAUCCGUAUACUAAGAGCUACCUAAAUGCCUGCCUAUGCAGAAGCUUCAUGCUUGCCGAUGUAAAGAGCAUACAUUAUUUUGGGUAAAUGUCAUACCUUAUGCACACUGUAGGCACAGUAGGGAAACAGAGUGUGUGUAACCCAUGUGCAAAUACAGCUUGAAAAAAAGCAGUAGUUAAAAGAUUAUUUUUGCAUUAUUUCACUUACUGAAUUACAUCAAAAGUGCCAUUUGUAUGAUUGUAAAGUGAAAGUAAAGCAGUAAAAACACAUAAUAGAAGCAAAAUGUAAGAUUAAAUCUCAGUUUCUAAUAUUUGAAAUGGACCUUCUUGAUAGAAAAUUUUAUUUGAAAUAUUAGUAGAGCGAAUAUUGACCUAUUAAUUAUAUUUCUCAUUGAGCCAGUGCAUUUCACCUUUCUUGAAUGUAAUCGUUUUUUCCCUUUUCUGUAAAUAUUUGAUACUAAGUGUAAUUGUUUAUGUGUUACGAUAAAGUUUGAGUAGACUAAAACAGAAACAAUCGUCUGUCAUGUACCUUUUACCUCCCUCUUGUGUUUAUAAUAUACACAAUGUUAUAGUUACCAUCAUAUUUUUUAUCUGUUUGUUUACAAUGUAAAAUGUUUUCUGAAGGGAUUUAUGAUAUAUUAAAACUUUUAAGUCUCCCCUAAUAGGUUAUAUUUUUGUUUAUGCAUUUGUUAUUAUUAUUUUACAAUCUUUAAUCUUUGCUAAUGAAAAUGUUAUUGAUACUGUCUUAUUUUGUUUUCUGUGUUGAUAGUUGUAUUUGUUUCAUUUUGAGUCUACUACACUUUGUGCCUUCUUAAAAAGUCUCUGUUUCAUGCUAUUUUUGUAUCCUUAAAAGUAGCAAUAAAUAAUAACCAUAUACGUAA